AUGGCCUGCAUAAAACAAGAAUUCGUUGAAACUAUGAAAGAUCAUAUACAGAAACAUCCAACGCAUAAGGCAAAAUGGGCUAAAGCUAUCGGAAGAAGUGGGGAUAUGUUGCAUGGUAAGAUUCCACAAUUCGAAGGAAAUGAAGAUUGUGUCCCUGGAAAGUUCUACGAAAGGCUCUGUCAGACAUGCUUCUGUAAUGACAAGAAGGGUUUGAAUUGUACGGGCACGUGUGAGGAAAGGAAAUCUUUAAAGAAAUCGAAAUACUCCUACAAAAAGUUUCCCUUCAAGCCGGAAGAUGUCACUAAUUUUGAUGUUAUAAAGCAUUUAUCUGAUAAAUGUGUUCCUGGAAAAAUGUACCGCAUCGCAUGUAAUGGGUGUUUGUGCCGGGAAGCCAAUAACCUCUUAUGUGAAAAUAAGCUCUGCGUGUCUCAUGAGGCUUUGUCGAGACUUGAUGCGAAGAAACGUUCUGGAAAGCAAUGCAAUAAAGAUGAAACACGUGGCUGCGUACAGUGUAAAUGUGUGAAAAACAUCACCAAAUGCAAAUCAAUACCUAAAUGUGAGGAGCGUGAGAGAUUAUCAGGGAAUUCUCACAAAAUGCCUUUAGCUCUCAAUUUGCAGAAAGAAAAGUGCAUACCAGGGAUGAUGUAUACGGUUCAAUGCAACCAAUGUUAUUGUCAGCCGGAUGCUACGUUGAGAUGUACUCAGAAAGCUUGUCUCAAUUACGCUCAAGUAGUCAAACUCCAUAAACAAGUAACAGAACUAGAGCAACAAGGACUGUGAUUUUACGUUUAACUGUAAAUAGUGA